AUGGGUUGGCUGGCUCCAAGGUUUAAGCGCUUCACUCCGCAGGGUGCUGAAGCACCGCUGCAGGCACUCAUGGACUUGACUGAACGAGAUCUCUUGGUGGCCACCUUGGUAUCCACGCCCGUCGAGCAGCGAUCUCGACUCUAUGCAUGCGCGGCUGAGAACGAGCUCCCACUGCCGUUGGCUUUCUCCGGACUGAGGUGCCCAUGUCCGCUGGAGGAACAGGUGGAGGGCGACUUCAUGAUCUCUCAAGUUGAUCGUGGCGUGACGGUGCAUUGGGAAGCCUUCGAGGCGCUCUUAGCGCUGCCGGGUGAUCGUCCUGCGCUGCUCUCCUUGGGCGCCCAGGGCUGCUCCCAGGCUGGAAAGUCGACCUUGCUCAAGGAGCUACUGGGCCUAGAUGCUGCGGUUGUGGAGGCGCAGCCAUCCCGCCCACCUUGCAGGUCGCCGGCGCACAACCCCGGAGUUGACCUUUUGCGAAGUCGCGCACCUCUGGGCUGGACGGUGGAUGUCCAUGGCUGCUCUUUGGGGGAUCCGACUUGGAUGGCCUUGAUCGCCACCUUUGCCGCCAGCAGCGCGUUGAUUCUGCUGCACGUCUCCCCGGAGGAUUUCGCCGUCCCCGACGAGGACAAGCCGCAGCCCAAGAUGAAGCCGGACGUCCGCAUCCCUGCGAGCCGCCGUGUGAGCACCAGCGGGGCUUCCGUCUCCUCGACCUCUUCCAACUCGGGCAAGAUCACCGCGAAAGCCGAGCUGAUGGCACUGCUGAAGCUGAUCACCGAUGCCAAGUUUUCGGAGACGGGACCUCGUCGGCGGAUCUUGGUGCUGCUGCGGGACGUCACCAGCACGGCCACGCAGACGGCGAUCCAAUCCUACUUGGAGGCGAUGGGCAGCUUCUCCGUUCUGCCCUUGGAGCCCUUGCAACACUUAGCCGCUCCGGCGCGGCAGCGCAGUUUGCCGGGAGACGCGCUGGAUGCGCAAUGCCAAGUGGCGAGCCGCUCUAUCGACCAAUUGAUCUGGCAGGCGCCCCAUGAAGUCGCGAAGGCGGUGACGCUCUUUGGGCCAGGUGUCGUGGUCCUGCCGAUGAUGGGGAGGGUCUCCGGACUGGAGCCCCAAGCGGCGCUCGAGUACUCGGCGCACCCGUCGCGCGCCUCCGGUGGCUUGAUGGACCGGCUGGACUUGGAGCUCAAGUUUGGACCGUUGGAUCCCAGUCGUUUGAUCAAGGAGCUGAGCAGCAGUAAGGAGGCUUUGGAGAAGCGCUUGGAAGGCUUAGCGAACCAAGAGCUCCAAGAGGAAGUCUUGGCUCUUCAAGACUGGCGAGAGAAGGCCAUGGGCCGUCUCAAAACCCUCGAGAAGCGUGCAGCCUGGGCCUUUCUGGGUGUCGCCGGCGAAGGCGUCGCCAGCCAGGCGGAGAUCAAGAAGGCCUUCAAGCGGAGGGCUCUGGAGCUGCAUCCCGACAAAGGCGGCGAUGCGGAUCGUUUCCGACUGCUCCAGGAGAUGAGGGACUUGUUGGUCGAGCCCAAAAGCCACGCCUUGGAAGGCGGCAAGGAGGCCAGAAAGGAUAAAGAAGGAAAGAAGGAUGAGAAGAAGGACAAUGAGGACGAGGAGGCAGAUGAGGAGGAAGAGGAGUUCUCAGAUGACAGCUGGGAUGCGGAUGAAGAGUUCCGGAAGAUGUUUCCGAAGCGGAAGAAGAAGAAGAAACAGCCCGAAGAGGCGGAGGCCGAAGUGUUGAAGGAACAGGACUUCCACCGAGGGAAGUUUGAGGCGCAAAGGCGCAAGCUCCAGCGUCAGUUGCGGGAGAUGUGGAUGCGGGCCUGCCGACUCUCCGAGGAAAUCCAAAGGAGCCAAACGCAGAGCGGCGCGGGCGACGCCCUGCGGCAGCUGCGGAAGUUCGUCGACCGCUUCGCCGUGACGGAGGUGCAAAAGCUGCGCACGGACGACCCCAAGAAGGCGCAACGAAUCUUCCGGCGCUUCUUGGAGCAGGGCGCGGAGGUCCUCUGCGCCGCCGGCGCCUUGGACCCCGCGGCCGCCGUGUCCGUGGUCGCCAUGCAGGUGAACUGCCCACUAUUGCAGGCUACCGAAGAGGAUGGUGUGCUACAGAGGAAGUGCCAAGCACUACUGGAGGCGAUCCAGGAACUUCCAUCCAUUGGAGAGCAGGUGGGGUCGAUUCCCACCGACGAGGGCCUGGCCUUCGAGCUCCUCCUCCCCGACGACGACGCGGUCGGACGCGACGCGGGGCAGCGCACCGCGCGGCGGGUGCUGCUGCAGCUGCCGACGGACGCCACACUGGGGUGCCUCAGAGCGGCGGCCCAGCACUGCGGAGGUUUCGACCGCGUGCCACGGCUCUUCGCGAAGGGUCGCUUCGUGGCGGGCGCGGACAGCGUGCCGCUGAGCGCUUUGCAGUUGGGCUCCUUGCAGUGCCUCCCGAGCAACCUCACUCGACGGUCGCAGGCGCCCAAACCGAAGCCAACAGCACCAGCACCCACGGUGCCAGCAAGUGCAGCCACCCCGGUGGCGCCGGUGGCACCGGUGGCGGUGUCAGUGGAGACGCUGAAGCGCGUGGAGCCGAUGGUGGCGAGGGAUGAGCAAGCAGAGCCGGCGGAGCAGCCAAUCGCAGGCAAGCCUGUUGAGCCUGAGAAUGACGAAAACAAGGAGAACGACGACGCCUGGUUCGACGACUUCUUCGCGGAGAAGAAAGAGAAGCGCGAAGCCCAUCAAAAGGCGCAGGAACAGGGCAAGAACGCCAUGCAAGCGCGAUUGAAGGCGCAGAAGCAGGCGCUCGAGGCCAAGAAGCGCCAAGACGCCGAGCGCCACGGCUCUCGGCCCAAAGCCGUGACGCCGAGUCCCAAAGCCGUGACGCCGAGUGCCAGACCGGAGGCGAAAAAGCCAGAGCCAGAGACACGAGGUCAAUCCGAGCCCGACGAACGGAAGGAGAGCAGAGCCCUGGUGGUGUCGAAGGACGAGCCCUGCUUGAAGCUGCAAAAGUCCCGAGACUCCUGGGAAGACUCUUGGAGCCAUCCCUGUGCUGGAGCGAAGCGCAGCGAUGGGAGCGCCAUCUUCUGCGGGCCUUGCGAUGGGUGGAUCACCUUAGGAAGUCGCUUCGAGCAUGAGGAUUUCGAGAUGCACUGUGAGAAGGUGGGUCACUUCGGUUGGAUCGACUGA